GAUGGGUAUUUUUGGAAAUCAACUAACGGACCCCGGGACAGACUGAAGACCCUGGUAUCGUAACCACAGCACACCUGUGCGUAUUAAUACGAACUCCGGUCGAGAUUGGACUUAAAGCGAAGACGAAAGAAGAUCAAGAUCAGCAGAUGGACGGAGCAAGUCGGGAACAAAACAAACCGUGUCACCCUGACUACAUGAGUGGCUGAAUCAUUCACAGGCUAGCCAGACACCAGACUGUUGGCUUAGGUAGUAAUCUUUAAUGAACGCAACCGGCAUCCAUUAGUAAAGCUACCGAAGCUUCGUGUGCUGAAUUUUUAACUCCAACGCAGUAUUUUACAUGUCAUGGCAGUGUAGGGUUACACAAGCGCUGUCCGUCAGACUAGCAAGUUAGCAAGCUAAUGCUAGCCGUAGCUACCCUGACUUGGAAUGCUUAGAGCUGCCAAGUAGCUAGCAAAAACAGAAUGUAGCUGAAGCUGCGAGGCGGCAUUCGUUUCGUACAGUGUUUACCACAAGUAGCUCGUCAGUUGGGACUGAGUUGAAGAAUGUGAAGCACAAUGGCCAACUUUGAAGCCUACCAGGAGUAUCAGAGAAUUGAGGAGUUCGAGGAGGACUCGCCGCCAGGGGAGGAGGAUUUACUGGUGCAUGUGCCCGAAGGCCUGAAAGACUCAUGGCACCAUAUCAAGAACCUGGAUAACUUCUUCACAAGAAUUUAUCAUUUUCAUCAAAAGAAUGGCUUCGCCUGUAUGAUGUUGACAGAGUUUUUUGAACUUGUCCAGUUUUUGUUUGUUGUCACAUUCACAACGUUCCUUGUCAACUGUGUGGAGUAUGAUGUCCUGUUUGCCAAUCGAGCGGUCAACCACACCGGGCCAGGCCAGAACCCUCUGGAUAGGAAUAAAGUCACUCUGCCGGAUGCCAUCCUGCCCAGCCAGCAGUGCACUCAGAGGAUUCAGGACAACAGCUGGAUCAUAUUCCUUCUCAUCAUGGCCGCCAUCUUCUGGAUCUAUCGUCUUGUUAAAGUCUUUUGCAAUGUGUUGAGCUACUGGGAGAUCAGGCAGUUCUACAUCAAAGCGCUGAAGAUCAGAAUGGAUGAACUAUGCAACUUCACAUGGCAGGAAGUUCAGGACCGGCUGAUCAGCCUGCAGAGGGAACAGCAAAUGUGCAUACACAAAAAAGAGCUGACCGAACUCGACAUCUAUCACCGCAUCCUGCGCUUUAAGAACUACAUGGUGGCCAUGAUAAACAAAUCCCUGCUGCCGGUACAGCUGCAGGUGCCCUUGCUGGGAAAUGUGGUGUUCCUCACCCAGGGCCUCAAGUACAACUUUGAGCUCAUCCUCUUCUGGGGCCCCGGCUCCCUGUUUCAGAAUAAGUGGAACCUGCACCCCAAGUACAAGCGCAGCGGGAACCGGCUGGAGCUCGCCCAGCAGCUCAGCAGAGUCAUCCUGCUGAUAGGUUUGGCCAACUUGCUGCUGUGUCCCUUCAUCCUGGUGUGGCAGGUGCUGUAUGCGUUUUUCAGCUACACGGAAGUGAUCCGCAGAGAACCCGGGAGUCUGGGCGCGCGGCGCUGGUCCCUGUACGGCCGCCUGUACCUGCGUCACUUCAACGAGCUGGACCACGAGCUGCACGGACGUUUAGGUCGCGGCUACAAACCCACCUCCAAAUACAUGAACUCGUUUACGUCGCCGCUGCUCACUGUGCUGGCGAAGAACAUCGCCUUCUUCUCAGGCUCAGUGCUGGCUGUUCUCAUUGCACUGACAGUUUAUGACGAGGACGUUCUGACAGUGCAGCACAUUCUGACUGCUAUCACUGUGCUGGGGGUGGUUAUAACGAUCACCAGGUCUUUUAUCCCAGACGAGCAUAUGGUGUGGUGUCCAGAACAGCUGCUGCAGUGCGUGCUGGCACACAUUCACUACAUGCCAGACCACUGGAGGGGCAAUGCUAACAAGAGCGAGACCCGUGACGAGGUUGCACAGCUGUUCCAGUACAAAGCGGUGUUUAUCUUGGAGGAGCUGCUUAGUCCGAUUGUCACGCCCUUCAUUCUCAUCUUCAUCUUGAGAAACAAGUCCCUGGAAAUCAUUGAUUUCUUCAGGAACUUCACCGUGGAGGUGGUCGGAGUUGGAGACAUAUGUUCCUUUGCUCAGAUGGACAUCAGACGCCAUGGAAACCCAACAUGGAUGUCAGAGGGCCAGACGGAGGCCUCCGUGUACCAGCAGGCUGAGAAUGGCAAGACUGAGUUGUCCCUCAUGCAUUUCACCAUAAAGAACCCGCGCUGGCAGCCGCCGCAGGAGAGCUCAGUGUUCAUCAGCCACUUGAAGGAGAAGGUGCACCAUGAUGCACAGGGCGGCCCGUCCACCCAGCUGCUGCUCUCCGAGGCUCCUCUCUGCACCUCACUACAGUCCAACGAGUCCGGCACCGGGCCUGAUAACCUUCUGGCCAGCGUCCUUGCCCACCCUAUUCUGACUGCAUCAGGACUACAAGGGCGGGACAGUCGCUUCAUCCCGCCAAGCACUGCUGCCUCCGCUGCAGCCAGCGUCCUGGCCUCUUUGUCCACCUCCCAGCUCGCGCAUGCCGGCCGUGGCCGCUCACAUCACAGCCUCCUGCCCACCUCGGUCCACCCGGAGACCACCAUGUACCGCAGCGAUCGCACCUUCAUUGACAGUAUGUCUAACAGUGACUCUCGCAUUCGGAGCAAUGCGCUGCACUCAGAGUUUGCCUCAGCAGAGAUGAGUCUCCACGCCAUCUACAUGCACGAGCUCCACCAGCAGAGCUCCCACCCACAGAGAGCGUCGGGCCAGUGGCAGAAUCCAGUGCCAAUGAGAGAACUGCACACAAACACUGGUUUCCAGGGACACGGUGGCCUUGGUUCCAGCAUGCCUGCCCCGGUCCACCUUGGCGGCUGGCAAGAGGAGGAAGAAGAGGAGAAUGAAGAUGAUCAGGAGAUAAAUAGUGGAUCUGCUCCAAAACAGGGCACUGGGAGUAGUUGUUGAAGUGCCUUUUGUCAUAAGGUAUAUGCUCUCAUUUGUGUAAUACCACGCAUCCACAGUCCAUCCUUUGUGGUUCUGUAUUCUGUGGCAUUGUUUGUUGAACCUAUUGAUGGCCUUUUAUCCUCCGAGGAUACAUUGCCAUGAUAAUUUCUCUUCUCUCUCUCUCUCUCUCUUUUUGUGUUUUUUUUGUAGUGUUUACAUUUUGCUUUCUUCAAAGAACAUUGUGGCCUUAGAUGAUCUUCAUGGAGAAAUUAGCAUGGACCUUUAAUACACCGUUCAGCGUUUGUUGUAGGAGGGGCUCAUUGAAUAACCACUAUCUCUGCACCUCCGCACCUCAUCCUGUCAUAUCAGGCAGACUAUGGCAUCAGGGAAACCAUACGUCUUCCGUCCACUUCAUCCUGGUUUCGUCAUUAACUUGUACAGACUGCAUAUAAAGCUCACGUGACAGAGAGACAGUAGAGUGUGUUCACUGGGUCGACUGGUGUCGGUUGUGGGCAGUGUUAUUGUGAAAUGCAAAAAGGCUCAUCAAAGCUUCUGCUGUGCCUGUGUGUGUGCACAGGUCGAGUAUUUGUGCAUCACAAGGUUUAACAGUGCAAGUAUAGCUGAAGCUCCACAGAGAUGGAGGAGUCUUGAUCUGUGCUACAGGACAAAGACUGCAAAUUGUAUCUUAGCUGCCUGAACAAUUUUUAUCACCUAAAAAAAGAAAAGAAAAAAACCUUCAAUAUUUCAACUGUGCUGUUUGACCCUUGUGAUAUGUAAAUACACUUUUGCGUCUUACUAAUCCUUUUAAACCUAAUCCUUUUUUUUUUUUACUUCAAGAGCUAAUCCUUGAAAAAGAUACCAAGUAUUGAUAUGAAAAAGAAAAAAAGCUGACUGUACAGUAGCCGUACUACUACAACACCAUGUGUAUCUGGAACAAGCUCUGUUGGGCCUAGAUAGAGUUAUAUAACAUGUCUUUGAACCAGACGUACACAUGCUUUGAUGCUGCUAUCUGUGUUUAUUGUUCCUAAAUGCAGAUUUUGUUCAGUAUUAAUAUUUCUACGGCUGAUGUAUCAACAUAUUUGCUUUUCUUAAAAAACAAAACAACAACAAAAAAACAACAAACAGGACUGAAAUAUUGGGCACCAAGUACACUUGGCCUCAAAAUCCCAAUGCAGAUAGAAGAUGCCUUUUAAGACUUAUUGAGCUGGACACAAAGUCAGCUUUAUGCCUUAACACCCAAAUAAAAGCAUCUAUUUAAAUCCUAGUUUUCCGUAUUACCUCAGAAGAAACACUAAUACUUCAAUCGAUACCUCUGCAGUGUAUUUACAGUUGUGUAAAUAUUUAUACAUGUGGAUUUUUUUUUGCAGUGUACAGAUGCAUCUUUUAACUGCAUUUUGAUUUUAAUGGCAGGUGUAAAUGGAAACUAUUUCAUUUCUGCUUCUUAUUUCCUGCCCAGCCGAUGUUUCGAGUCGAGCUCUGAUGUCCCAGAAAUGGUAGAAUCAUUUUUAAGAACAAAACAGGGUGGUGUUGCUUUUACAAAUCUCUCUUUUUGUGUGUAUAUUAACAUUGCUUGUGUCCCUUUUCCCCCCAAAAUGCUCACAUAAAAAACGGAAUGCAUCAUAAGGGCUGAUUUCAGAGUGUGCACUGUUGCAUCUGCAUCUUUAGAAUUGAAGAUUUUAGGACAGUAGAGCACAAGGAGAAAAAGCUUUUGCGUCGGCGGCAUCAAUCGUUAGCUUUAGCAGUAUUUAUUACCCGUCUCCCCCCACGUAUUUAAUUAAUACAACUAUAAAUGUAUUAUUUAUUUUAUAAAAAUUAUCUGGAUUGUUUUGCCAAAAGAGAAAAAAAAAAAAGCUUUUGCAUAUGCUUAGAAUCUUUUUAAUGAAAGAAAAAUUCCCCCCAAAUUUUUUGAUUAAAAACAAAAAAUGAAAAAGGUUUUACUCGUGCACAGAUGACAUGCCCAGCUGCAUGAUGUUGAAUGUGAUUUACACUCAAACGGGGACUGAAUCAGCUUGUUGAUGUAGUGUGCAAAAUAUCCCUCGACCCAUUUUUACUGCAUUCUGCAAAUAGUACAUCACAGUAAUAUAAAUCCCAUCUUCCUCGGCUGCAGAGCAUCAGAGGCGACAGAUACGUCUUCACCCUCUUUAGAAACUAUUCCACUGUUGUUGUUUUUGUUGCUGAGUGUGUCUGUGUCGGUGGAAGGGAUGCAUUUUACUCCUGCGUAAUUAUGCUAACAAUAACUCAGACGUUUGCACUGACAGAAAACCGUUUUCUAAAUGUGUGUGAGUGUAUGUGUGUGUGUGUGUGUGUGUGUGUAUAUAUAUAUAUACAGUGCUUGCAUCAGUGACAGUGUAGAAAAGACAGGUCUUGUCAGGUCAGUGUUCCUCCUGAUCAGUCUCCUCCUCACGUUGUAUAUAAGCGUAACAUCAGCAUGUAUUGUCAUUGUCCACAGCAGACCACAAGGAAACCCUGUGGCCUGUCGCGUGAGGUCACGCUUACCUCUGGUCAGUAAAAUAUCACCCUGUAGGGAAUAACGUGUGUUUCUGUCACACACUUCAAUAUGCUUACAUGGGUUUGUGCUCACAGUUUUCACGGCGUGUGUUUCAAACGUGGUGAGUUUAUGUUGCAGAGACACUGGAGUCUCCACGAAAAGCAUCCAACGUUAGUCGUUUUAUUAUAAGCAGAAGCAGUGCCUUAGUAUUAAGGAUUUGCUCUUUUUAGAAGCCAUUUCAUGUAAACCUGUCAGAUUUAAUUUCAAAGACCUAACAGCACAUGCGAUGUACAGUAUUUUGGAUCAGUAAGUCAGUGUGUGUAGCGUCACGUAUGUAGUGGAACUGGUGGUGUGGCAUGCGGGAUGCAAACUGAUGUGUCAGUCUGUUGUGUCUGGCAGCGCACUUCUUCUCGUCACGGUGUCUAGGAUUGCACUGUCUUCAAUAUUGUAAAGAUAAGCAGGAGCACGCCUUGUAAUUGGCAGCGUCAUCACGGCCAAACCUCUCAUCACACUUUGGUUUCUUACCCACUACACGCCAGUCGAAGAAUCACAGUGACUGGAACAAGGUGCUAAGUUUUCAUCCUGAAAUGGUGAAUAUGUUUUGAGACAUGUCUUGGUUUUUGUUUGUUUGUUUUGUUAUAAAGGUUUGUCUGUCUGCUUUGUUCUGUAAAUUAAGAAACGUCAGCUGAAAAAUGAAACAUGCCAAAAGAACUUUGUUUUCGGCACAGCUUUACAAUACGUGUUGUUGUUUUCUGUGAGUGAGUAGAAAAAGGCAAAUAAAUCUUAUUUUGAGUGUAUUUAAUCAUUUCAUGUGUGGUUGAUUAUGUAUCGUUUACUUGAAAUAAAAAUCUAUUUUAAUUUUGCUGGUUUUGAUUCGCUGUGGCCAGUUAGCGGCGUCAGCCUGCAGCACAUUCGCUCUGAACUCUGACAGCCGGUUUUGUUGGAAAUAACUCUGUUAGUUUUUGUUUUUUUCAAUUCCAAGGUUUAAAAAAUUUGAAUGUGAAACACUUUCUUUAAAAUCAUUUGCCACCAUUCACAGCCAAGCUGUCUUUUGGUCCAAAAUACCAUCUAAGGAUGAAGCAUUUACUGGAUGGAUUAUCGUCAUUAUUGUAAUUACGGAUGAGUUUGGUGACGCUUGGCUGUUAUGUAGCACCGCCGACAACACCAUAUCUUAUUAACUGCUAGCUGUUGUUUGCAUGUAUUUCCUUAAAAAUCUCUAGAUACAAUAUAAUAAUAGCAAAGCACUGGUAGUUUAAAAUAUAUUGACAAGAAAGAACAAAGUAUUCAAUAAUCAGAAAGAAUUUGACAAGUAGAAACGUCUCUAAAUUGAUGCCAGCUGUCAUUUAUUGUAGACUCACUGCACAAAUGUGAGACAGACUUAUGCAUACCUUCUUCUCCCCUCUUUCUUGCUCACUGAUCCUCUUCAAAUUCUAGUCAGCUGAUUCCUCUUACCAUCCAUCCAUCCAUCCAUCCAUCCAUCCAGAUCUCACAUAUAAGGACACUUAGAAUGAUUUGCACCUAAGCUGAUUUUCAAGAGGAUCUUCCAUCCUAACACCUAAUCAAGUGAUGUUUUUUAUGAUUUAAUAAGGACUUUUAUCUCUCUUCAUUUUGUACUUUUAUGGUUCUUGUUGCAUAACCUCACUAACCUGUGCUGCCCCAUGUUAUGAUGUAUGAUAUCUCCCAUGUACAAUACUGUAAAUUCUGUCCACGUUGUAAAUAAACACACUGCGUUUGCUA